CAAGCAAGCAGGCUGUAACUGUUUCCUACUUCUAUGACAGCACGAGAAACAGCUAUCGGAUUAUCAGUGUGGAUGGAGCCAAGGUGAUCAUAAACAGCACCAUCACCCCCAACAUGACCUUCACUAAAACAUCGCAGAAGUUCGGGCAGUGGGCAGACAGCAGAGCCAACACUGUGUUCGGGCUGGGCUUCCCCUCCGAGCAGCAGCUGACCAAGUUUGCAGAGAAGUUCCAAGAAGUAAAAGAAGCUGCCAAACUUGCAAGAGACAGAUCUCAAGAGAAAAUUGAGACCUCAAGCAAUCAUUCACAGACCAGCAUUGCAGCCAAGAUGAAAAGGGAGUCUGGACGUGAAACACCAUCUUCCACUCGAGCUUCAAGUGUGAAUGGCACAGACGACGAGAAGGCAUCACAUGGUGGCUCUGCUGAGGCACAUCUCAAAUCUGAGAAUGAUAAAUUAAAAAUUGCUCUAGCCCAAAGUUCAUCCAACGUGAAGAAGUGGGAGACGGAGCUGCAGUCGCUGCGGGAGAGCAAUGCACGGUUGUCCACAGCGCUGCAGGAGUCGGCGGCCAGCAUCGAGCACUGGAAGAAGCAGUUCUCAGCCUGCAAGGAGGAGAACGACCAGCUGAGGGGCAAGAUUGAAGAACUGGAGGAACAAUGCAAUGAAAUAAACAAAGAGAAGGAAAGAAAUGCACAGUUGAGUAGACGCCUCCAGGAACUGGAAACAGAACUUCAGGACAAAGAGUUGGAACUGGAAGAGCUUCGAAAGCAGGGUGAAAUUAUACCAGAGCUAAUGUCAGAAUGUGAAUCUCUAUCUGAACAAUUGCAGGCUGCUGAGAAAAAGAACAAAGAUCUAGAAGAGAAAGUCAGAACGCUAAGGACAGAAGUCGAAGAGAACAAACAUAGGCAGACCAACCUUAAAACUGAAUUAAAGAAUUUUUUAGAUGUACUAGACGGGAAGAUAGAUGAAUUACAUGAUUUCCGACAAGGACUGUCUAAACUUGGGGUUGACAAUUAGAUGGCAAUAGAUCUUUUUUGUAAUCUAGGGUCUGGAUGUUUGAUGUUUUGUUGAUCCCAAACGUGUGUUUUACAAAAUAUAACUAGAAUGUUCCACUUGUUUGCAUUGGUUUUGUACAUAGAGGCUGAAAAUUUGCUGUGGGUUUUUGGUUGGUUUUUUUUUUGGUGGGUUUAUUUUAUUUUGUUUGUUUAUUUACCAAACCAAUCGUGCUGCUCACUGAAUUCUGUUGAGAUUAGAAACUUUCUAUAUUGCUGCUCUGGCUUUGUGGGGUUGGGAACAGGUAGAGGGUUCUGUCUCAGGAAUCUGGAACUAGACCUACCUUAAAAUGAAUAUGCAGUUAGUUGUUGCAGGGAAAUUUAUAUCUUUCUUUAAGGGCUGUUGCAACCAUAGAAACAGAAAAGAAGUCUUUUUCUUGUCCAGACUAUCAGCACUCUUAGCAGGAUUGACUUUAUUCUGUGGUGGAGCAGAGGGAUUAGCUGGAGCCCCUGCAGUUUGUAAAGUGUGCCUGUGAUGAGCUGCAGCCAGGAAAAUCACUUCUCACAGAUACCAGUAUCUUUAGGACCAUGUCAAUCAGGCCUGGUUCACCAAAAAAAAAUGCAGUGGAUUUCAGAUAACCUCUGAUAGAGGUUCCAUGUGCUUGCCUGGAUCCAUACAGAACAGUCAACAAUGCAGAAAUGAGUUUCAACUCUUGAAGUCGAGUGUCUUACCAGUCAGUGAGGACAACUUCUCUUAGCAGCAUCACCUCUCUCUGGCCUUCAGUUUUGAACCCAUAUAGUUCCAUCAUUAUGUGCAUCUCUGAAAAAUGCCCACCUGAGUCUGGGGACCAGAUAUUUAUUUUUAAAAGUGGUAUGUUGCUGGUUUGUACAGGUCUCGUGCCCCUCUGUGUGCAACUUGAUUGUUGUUGAUUGACUUCUGCAGCAGUGAGGAAGGAGACAUGGAUCUGAAAAGCAUUAUAAGGUUACUGGAAGGUGUUUAUCUGAAGCAAAUUUCUGCCCAGGAGACUGGCAGGGCGAUGGCCACGUGAAAUCUAAGUCCUUUCCCAUGAUUUCUGCAUUCUCUGGCAGUAGGGUAGGGAUUAGUCACCAAGUGAGGUUGUACAAAAAAAGCCCAUCUCAGUCAGAGAGGCAGAAAUGUUCCUUUAUUCUUGAACUGAUUAUUCAGCAGCUCUAAGAGUGUUUUGAGAAAUGCAAGCACAUACCCCAGCCUUCAGUGAGGAGGAAGUUCAGUUCAUGACAGACAGAGAUGUAAAAAGGGACAGAGAGGAGAAUCCAGCCCAAACAUUGCUCUUUCCCUUAGAACUUCCUUCAGUUUCUUUCUCUUCUUUCUCCAUAACCUGUUUUGAGAGUGUUUACCUGGGACCUUAAUUCAGUAAAGCACUUUUGUGUACGUGAUGUCGUUAUUUGCUUGAUUCUGAUGACAGCUUUGUAAAGCACUGUGUUAGUGCUUCCCAGCAGUGACUGGUAUAAAAUGGCCAUGCUUUCCUUGGAAUUUCAGGGCUUUCCUUGGAACUUCAGGGCUUUUUUCUUUUUUUGGCACAUCUUGAUUAUUAAAGUGGCCUUUAAAAGAAAGGUGGGUUGUAGGUGAAAUAUGCAUUGAAUACUUUUUCACAGAUGAAUAUGUAAUUCCCAUGGUGGAGAUGGGAUCUGUCUGCAAUUGCCCCUUGAAUUUUCAUUUCAUCUGUUACUAUUACAUUAUCUUCAUUGCCUGUUUUUUAGAAUGGACUUUGAGUAUUUUUGCUUUUUACUCCUUUGAAACAAUGGAUGUAAAGUUAGGACCUUUCAUAACCAUUAUGACCAUUUAAAUCUAUUUUAAAAAAAUUGUUUUAGGCUGUUGAUAUUUAAAAAUAAAAAUAAAAGUCAGGUACAUAGCAUGUAGGCGUGUGAAAAUUAGACUUUGCCAGCAUGGAAGAUUCAACAGUUGCAUAAUGUGGGGUUAGAUCAGACUUCUCAAAAUUGAAAAUGACGUCAGAAACUGUGUGGUUGUGCACAAGUAGUCUCCAUUUUUAGUCUUUUUAUGUGAUAGAAAGUCAGAUAUACACCAUAAUUUAGCAGGCAGCUCAUCCUGCUUCUCCUCUCCUCCCAUGCUGCUUUUUCAUCCCUGCAUCAGCUGGGAACCACAGGAUAACACAAUUAAGAGCUGCAAGCAAUACUGGCAGUCAGGGCCCUGCUCCUCACAGUGCUUCAUUGCUUUUGCACCAAGAACUGUGCCCUGUCUUCCUUUUCCUGCUGAGUAAUCUUAGGGCUUCUCUCUGUUUCAACAUAAAUUUUGGUUUUGGCAUGAUGCUGGGUAAAAGGAUGCAAAAGACUCAGUGAAAAAAUUACACUGUUUGGCUUAAUCCAGAUCUUUGUUUUUCACUUCAGUCAGGUCUAAGAUCCAGUUCAUUAGGAAUGUAUUAAGCCACUCUUAAAUUGCAAGGGAAGUGUUUCCAUGGGAUUGCAUUGAUUAAACAGAUGGAGUUUGAUGGUGGCACAUUAAGGCACUGCACAGCUCUGACACAGGCAGUUAUUUCUGGGUGCUUAGUGCCUGCCAGAGGAACAAUGGAGUCCUUAAAUAAAUCCCUGCCCUGUCUCUUCUAUCUUGCCCUAGAUGUAUGCAUCACAUAUCUGCUAUUUCUCUGAUGCUGAGUUGUUAGGGAUGCCUGUACACAGCUUUAUGCUGUGGGAAACUCCGUCCUUCAAGCCUCCAAGGGCUUGUUAUAAUUGCCUUCUUUCUUCUUUCUUCCCAACAGCAGUAAGUUGAGAGCUUCUACAUAGAAUCAUUUAAACUCCCCAAAAUGCCAUCUCUUUUAAUCUUCCCAUCUCUUUCAUUGGAUUUUCCCUCUUCGAGAGAAAAAAGCGUGGCAGUGCAUGCUCUCAGGAGUGUUUGGGCACCAACUGCAGCUGCCCUCUCCAGCCUGUCCCUGUCCCCACCCCAGGGGACCGAUGGUGUCACACACUGCUUAUUCCUUGGUGCUCUCUGGUGGCCCAGCACUAACUUGUGUGCCAAACAGAGCCUCACACUGCUCCUCUUGAGACUCAUCCCAGCACUGAAAUGCCUCCUCUGUCCUGAUGGGAGCACCAGGGCAGCCAGCCAUCCCCCAGCAAAAUGCACACACCAUCCCACGGAUGCACUGACCCUCCUUUUGUGCACAGCUGGAAUUUCACCUGUGGGCACCCUGAGUUCAAAGACACCUGCUUAGGGAUGGCCCUAAACACUGCCAGGGCCAUGGAAUUUUCAUCCCUGUCCAAGAGAGGAUCUGCAGAACUUGGUUUUAUUUGUUACACAGUGCUGGGCUAAUCCUGGUUUCCCUGUGUCUGUCAGCAGUGCCUUGGUCAGCACUCCCACCCAGCCUGAGCACAGGUUUAUAGCAGGCUGUACCUCUCCUUGGGUGACCCCGAGUUCCCUUUCUGGACACAGGUUUCUCCCUCUAAGUGGUUUUUAUGGCAGGAUCUCUCCUACCUCACUUACAUGGUCUCUCCUUAACAAAGGACAUGUGCUUGGCACUUGCUGUGUGGGUUUCAGCACCACCACGGGUCCUGCCACACAUCAGCAACCUGGGAGCUUCAGCUCUGCUGGCCUCCUGUGACACCAGGACAGAGUGUGUGUUACUGACCUCUGGCUGAGAGACUUCUCUGAGGUGAUGUUAGAGCUGCUGAAUAAUGCUACAGUUUGAGGGGUUUUGACAAAAUGAGGAAAAAACAGGUAUACCUUGUAUUAUAUAAAAGCAAAAGUGACAUUAAAAUUGAUAGAAUUAUUUUCAAGGGGAAAGAAUAUUCCAUUAGACACAUUAUGUCACAUUUUGGAAAAAUACCUUAGUCUCAUAUUAGGGAUAAAUUAUUUCAAAAUGAAAAAAAUGGAACUUUGUUACACAGAAUAAAGGUUAACCUUUUGGGGUUUUUAUUA